GCCUCCCCUUCCUGUCCGAGUCUUCGUUGACUUUGAAACAUGGCUGCCCUGAAUGUUAAAACCACAACAUUAAAGCAUUUUGUAUAUCUGUAAUGUUUAUUUUUCCUUCGCUGUUAUCACACAUUUCCCCACUGAAUUGCCGCGUUUAGUUCCACCCGGACAUGUCGGAGAAGGAGGCCGGCAAAGGGACGGAGACUCCCGGGGAGAAAGGUUUCAGGACUCCCGGACUCAGAGGAGCUCGGACUACCACACUGUUCAGAGCUGUCAACCCUGAACUCUUCAUUAAACCCGUGAGAUUUAGACACUCACACACACAUACAGACUCAUUAAGGGGAUUUAAUUCUACUAAAUUAUGGUUUGCUACAUAAAAAAAUCACUCAGUUGUUAACUUGUAAACCUGUAUGACACAGAAGUGCAGCUCAAAACAUUUGAAUGUCUCGAUAAAGUUAAUUUAUUCUCAUAAUAUAAUUCAAAAGUGAAGUUCUUAUCUAUUCUAGACUCAUUACACAAAGUGAAAACUUUAAAGACUUUUUUUUUGUUUGGAUCUUGAUGAUUAUGGCUUAUAGCUAGGGCAAUGCUACGUUUUGUCUAAAGAUGCGCCGAUUCAUUUUUUUCCGAUCCAAUCCGAUACCUGGGCUGAGACUAUCGGCCGAUAUCCGAUACCGAUCCAAUACUACUUUUGAAUGGAUCCACUGUAUUCCUUGCCCUGUGAGUGAAGACAUCAGGCUUGACAUUAGCCUUGUUAAAAAAAGGGAAACAUAUUAACAUUAACAUGGAUCACUGUCGUUCAUCGAUAUCCACUCCAAAUAUCAGAUCAGUGCAUCUCUAGUCUUGUCAUAAGGCCUUGCGCUAGUGAAAGUGGAAUAGUCAGCUGUUUCAGCUGCACAAGUGCUAUGUUGCAUGUAGAUGCAGCCUGCUACUACGCAUUUGUUUGCUGUUUGGUUCUGAUGCAGCUCAUGAUGGGUUCAGCGUGAAGCGGACCUGGAGCAACUCCCCUUUUCAUUGGCUGUUUGUAUCGUCUACCAAAACAUGGCAGAAUGCCGACUAUCGAAAAGCAUUUAGACCAUGUUAUAUAUCGAUAUUGAGGGAAAUUAAUUUUUAAUAUAUACCGUUAUCGUUUUAUCGCCCAGCCCUACUUAUAGCUCACAGAAAUCCACUAUCUCAGAACAUUAGAAACAACCAAUACAACAAAAAAAAAAAGGAUCGUCAUGAUUUUGGUCGUGUGUGCUGACCCAGAGUAGGGAAUGAAGGUUAAUUUAAUCUUAGCAAGCGUUCAGGGUGAAUCAGCUGCUUUGAGCUCUUUUCAAGACUGAAAUAACCAACCAGAAACUGGAUUUUUCCACAAUAUGCUAUUUGAAAUAAUGGAGUUUUGGUUUUCAUAAGCUGUUGGCUUUUGUUUUAAGUUAUCAUGACUCACCAUUGGGUGGUUUUUCCCACACACACUUGAACCAGGAAAAACCUGUUGAUCUCAACCACAUUGUACAUUCCAGCUUAUCUUUUCUCAUUCCUAACUAGUAUAUUUACGUUGUCUGACAUACCAGCUGUCUAGCAUACUUUCAGUUUUGCUUUUAAGAAGUUUACUGUGAGUUUCUGAGAAGUUGCGUGAGACAGAAACUUCCCGAAGAUUAUCUGUUAGACAAAUAGUAAGUGAAAUGUAGUUGUAUAGGUGUGUGUGGCUGGGUGUAUCAAAGGCCUUGGGUGCUGUCAUCAUACUUUCUCCAGCAGAGAAAGUUAGGGUUCAUAGUCCUCUGAAUACUAAAAUUAUGUUGAAGAGGUUUAGUUUGAUUUUAGCUGGAAGAUUCAAUUUUGCUGGUGGUUUUUCAACUUGAAUCAAGUUCUAUUAAAACGUUCCAAUCAGAAAGACUCAACUGUGACGACUUCAAACAUCAUUUUCAACUCAGAACCAGCCAAGAAAGCGUCACCAAAACAAUACCAGACCUGAGAAUUCAUCUUCAGACUUCCUAAAAUGGAUUUGUAGCAUCAAAAUCUGCUGUGAAAUCUGUCAAACCUCAGAUAGAUAAAUCCUUGAGCUGUAUCUUAAAUAACACAAGGCUGUAUCUUUCUGUCUUUCUGCAGAACAAGCCUGUGAUGGCGUUUGGACUGGUGACCAUCACACUGUGUGUGGGUUACUUGGGCUACAUGCACGCCAUGAAGGAGAACGACCAGCAGCUGUACGAGGUCGUUGACAGCGAGGGGGAGAGAUACAUGAGGAGGAAGACUUCUAAAUGGGACUGAAAACACACUCUGAGAGCGUGUGUAUAUGUAAUAUAUAUAAAGACUCUGUGAUUAAAGCCUGACUGGAUUGAACCAAGGACACCUGC